AAAGAGCGCAAGGGGGAGGGCGCCACCAGCGGCUUCGUCUUCCUCAAGGGGAAGGUGUAUGGUGUUGGGGAGGUGUACCUAGGCCGCGCCAACGAGGCCUACUCGCGCGUCGUCUUCGCCGACACCUACCUCUCCAAGACUGUCAACCCUGCCGGCUGGACCAACUACAACUUCUCUGGCAGCACCGAACAUGUGAUGCUCGGGGAGUUCAACUGCACGGGGCCAGGGGCCGACGCGUCGCAGCGUGUGCCAUGGUCGCGACGGUUAGACCAGGCGGAGGCGGCCAAGUUCCUCACCGUCGACUUCAUCAACGGCAAGGAUUGGCUCCCAGCGUUCUACUACUGA